GGGUGGGCCAUGGAGGGUCCAAGGCCCUUUGCGCGGGAAUGGUGCGCCCAAUCACUUCCCCUGAUGCGAGGAGGCAUUUUGAGGCUGUGGCUUCUACUGCUGGAUUUCGGUUUGAACGCGACACUUCCUCACGAAGAGGAUGUACACUUUAUCAAUGAGUACGUGAACCUCCACAAUGAGCUCCGGGGCAACGUCCUCCCCCGAGGGUCUAACUUGCGCUUCAUGACUUGGGAUACAGCUUUGUCACGGACUGCUAGAGCAUGGGGGAAAAAAUGUAUCCUUGACCAUAAUAAUCAUUUAGAAGAACUAAACAUGGCCCAUCCUGUAUUUAAUGGUAUUGGUGAAAAUAUAUGGGUCGGACCUGAAAAUGAAUUCACUGCAAGUAUUGCUAUCAGAAGUUGGUAUGAAGAGAGGAAAAGGUACAAUUUUGAAAAUGACAGUUGCUCUAGUGACUGUUCUAAUUAUAAACAGCUUGUUUGGGACACAUCUUACAAAGUUGGUUGUGCUGCUACUUCAUGUACAAGAGUUGGACAUAUUAGAUAUGGAGUAAUUUUCAUAUGCAACUAUGCACCAGGAGGAUCUCUGUCGAGAAGGCCUUAUAGACCAGGAAAAAUUUGUGCUCAAUGUAGCAGAGAUGACAGAUGCACAGAUUUUCUAUGCAGUAAUGCAGAACGUGACCAAUCCGUAUAUUACCGAUUUUGGUAUCCCAGAUGGGAAGUUCCCCGGCCAAUUGUGUGUGAUCCACUGUGCUUAUUUAUUUUCUUUCUGAGAAUGUUGUGUUUUUCAAUAUGUAUCGUAGUUGUUUUGAUAAUACAGUCUCGGUUUCCAAAUAUAUUAUUGGAAGAAGAAAUGAUGCUUGCCUCUGAUCUAACUGAGGUAGGGCCAGAACAGUUACAGGAGAAGGAAGAGGAGAUGGAGGAAGAAGACAGGGGAAAGGUGGAGGAAGAAGUGGAGGAAGAGGAAGAAUAUAAAGAAAAGGAGGAGGAAACGGAAGGGGAUGAAAAGGAGGAAGGGGAGGGAGAGGAUGACGAACAGGAAAAGAAAGAGAAGGAGUCAGUGGAGGAUGAAGAUUUACCACCACAAUAAGACAAAAGUGUAAUACAAAAAAUAAAUAAAUAAAUACAAAAAGUAAAACACUGAGCUUUAAUAAAAACGAAUAUGUACAAACCAUUACUGCAAUACCUUUUAUUCUCUUCUUUUUCAUAUAUUUACUCAACAAAUGUAAAUUUGAAAAACACAGAAACAAACUAACAAAAACAUGUAUUUUAUAGUAAGUAUUGUAAGACAAGUUCUCGGACACUGAGAGAAGGUAAAGACCUGAUGACAGAAAUACUAAAAAAGAUUUGACCAGUCUAAUUACUUUUUAAGAUUUUACUGUGUUAUCCUUAUAAAGGAAGGAAUUCCCAUUUUCUAAAUAUGUCUAUCUCUGUGUUUUAAAUAUUUCCUAAAUGGGUUAAUAAGUUUCUCAAGUAUUAAGAUUAUACAUGUUACUGUGCUUAGGAUCAUUCUGACUCAAGAUCACCAUUUAAUAACUUUUGGUUUUGUUAUUUUUAUCAUUACGCUUACAGUUGUUAUUUUUUUAUUUUAUUUAAAAUCGAUUAAUUACUAUUGUAGUUGUUAUUGAUAGUGGUGAUGAUGGUGGUGAUAAUAUUGACCAUGUGAUAUCAAGGCAUUGAAUAUCAUUAUGUAUAUUUGUAUUGUGUGUGUUUGGGAAAUAGUUUAAGUGGUACUGUACAUGUUGUUAGGAGACAAAUUUUUAUUUCUACUUCAUGUUUGCUAUUUCAUUAAAGCCUUGUUGUAAUUCUUUAUUAGGCUAUAUAAUUUAUUGCCACCAAGGACAAAUAAAUGUCAAAAGUUUAAUUAUUUGUGAUUGAGCAAUUUGGCU